GGGGGGAGGGGCCCUGCUCGGGUCCCACUCCCGGGUGAGCGAGUUCGGGCUCCAGCGGCGCCGCCAGGACCGGGUGGAUUUUCACAGCCUGGAGAGCAGCUGCCGCCUCUACUGGUGGGUCUGGGGCCUUCAUCUUCCUCCCCUGGGCCUUCAUCUUCCUCCCUGCCUCUCCUGCCGGGCCCACCUGGCUGGGCUGAGCUCCCAGGAAGUUGCUGAUUGUUUGGGGGUGGAAGUGACAGCCGGGGGGGGAGCCUGGAGGGCAGGAGCCAUGGCCACCACCUGCAGGGAGGCCCGGGGGGGCAACCAGGCCAACCUGAGCUUCAAUGAACUCUUCGACGAGCGCUGGGUGGAGGUAGAAGGUGGAAAACAAGAUGGCGACCUACUCUACGGCAGGCCUGAGGCCUACACAAGAUGGCUGCACUCUCUACCAACCCUACCAGGCCUUGUAGGCCUUGACCUCCGACCCCUCCACACCCUCCUAGCCAAUCAGGAGCCUCGUCGGGCUGCCCUGGGUGCCGCCAUUGGGCGUUACAUCAAGGAGAGGGCGUUGAGGGUCAACGGCAGCCAUCUUGGGGUCAACCAACAUGGCGGGUGUUCGCGGCACCGUGGAACCGCCCGCCUGGAGGUGGUGGUGAGGGAGGGGCGGGGGUGGGCAGGGGAUCAUGUGAGCGCCACUGACGCCUAUGUGCGGGUGGGAUUUGGGGGGAAACUGGGACAAACUGGGACGGUGUGGAACAAGCAGCGGCCAUCUUGGAACGAGCGGAUUGACUUGGGUUGGGUGGAACUGGGGGGGUCCCAGUUGAGGUUGGAGGUGUGGGACGAGGACAACCAAUGGGACGAUGACUUGUUGGGGGCGUGUGAGGUGGGGGUGGAGGCAGGAGCCAAUCAGGGGGUGGUUUGUUACCCUGGGGGGGGCAGGUUGGAGGUGACGUAUCGGGCCACGUGUGGCCCGGCCUUGGGGGGACCUUCUUGUCACGAUUAUGUCCCCCAACCU